AUGACGACACCGAACAUUCCCACCGAGGAACAAGUGCUGGGCUGGUUCGAUUCGCUGAGCAACUGGGGCCGCUGGGGCGACGACGACGAACUGGGCACCCUGAACCUGAUUACGGACGCCAAGCGGAAGGAAGCUGCCGCUUUGGUGCGCGAGGGCGUAAGCGUCACCUGCUCUCGGUUGCUGGUGCCGGAGAUGGCGCCGGACGUAACCAGCAUUCCUCCGCUGCACUAUAUGGUGUCGACCGGAGAGUCCGCGCCGUCUGAAGGCGGCGGGGGAGCCAGCGAUUUCAUCGGCGUGUCGUUCCACGGCCUGACGGUCACCCACCUGGACAGCCUGUGCCACCAGUUCUGGAACGGCAAGAUGUACAACGGGAAGGACGCCGGCCUCAUCAACAACGCCAACAAGGCCGGAGCCGGCGCCAUCGAUACGGUGCGCAAUGGCGUGGUUACGCGCGGAGUACUGCUGGAUAUCGCCGCCGUGAAGGGCAAGGAUUGGCUGGACGCCGCCGAGCCGGUGUUCACCGCGGAUCUGGAAGCGGCCGAAGAAGCGCAGGGCGUUCGGGUCACCGAGGGUGACGCGCUCUGCAUUCGCCUGGGAUGGUACAAGCGGCGGCAGGAAGUGGGCGCUCCGACGGCUGCCGAGGGUCGGCCCGGUUUGCACGCGGAAACGUUACCGUGGCUUCGAGAACGGGGAGUGUCCAUCGCAGCCUGCGACGCCUCAUGGGACGUUGCGCCCAGCGAGUAUCCGUACCUGGGCCUGCCCAUCCACAAGGUGGGGAUCGUCGGCAUGGGGUUGUGGCUGAUAGACGCCGCCAAUUUCGACGAAGUGGCUCCGGUGUGUCGUCGGCUGAACCGGUGGGACUUUAUGUUCACCGUCGCGCCGCUGCGCUGGCACAACGCCACGGGGUCGCCAGUCAACCCUCUGGCGACGUUCUAG